UUACCCGUCCUGAUUCUUCUCGUCAUACUCCCUGUUGUCACAGCAGAAUGUGCGUCCAUUCCAUAUCCAAGACUGCUCAGAGAAUGUUACAAUGAUAUUUGCAAGAAAUUUCCAACCAAUGAUUAUCCUGGCGAACUGCCAAGCAUCAUUUGUAUCAACAAGUAUCGAUGGUGGACAGACUCGGAGUCGUGUCAUCCUCCACUACUUCCGACUACGUUGGAUUAUGUCCGAGAUUUAUCUGAAAGGGGUCACCACGGAAGGGACAAGAGGGAAGCAACAGUUCCAAAACGUAAAAGGAAGGAAAUCAGGAUGUUAACUAAACGUGAAUUAAAGAAGUACUUCAAAGCAUUAAAAAAGCUCAAGAGAAAGAAAAUACCGGGUACAAACGUUAGCGUGUACGACUCUCUGGCCCAUAUACAUAACGGAGAUAUCGCCAGGACGGCGCACAUUGGACCCAAUUUCCUGGGCUGGCAUCGCGUCUACCUGUAUGCGUUUGAGAACGCCUUACACAAAGUCCAGCCCGGAGUAAUUCUACCCUAUUGGGAUUGCACUAUCGAGGAGGGUCUACAAACGCCCAAACUAUCAAAUUUUUUCAGUAAAACUUUUCUUGGAAAGGCCGAUGGUAAAUUGAAAAAGGCUAAAUAUGGUGACAGUUCCAUUUGGAAUAUUGUAAGAAACAUUGAGACAGGUGGACCGCUACCAAGUCGUUUGGAUAUCAUAAAAGUUCUAACACGAAACCGAACUAUUGACAUAGUAGUUCCCUUUGCAGUCGCUCCUUAUAAUCUAGAAUAUCUACACAACGGAAUCCACACCUACGUCGGCGGCCAUUUAACUUCACUCAAUUUGGCAACUGAGGAUCCAAUAUUUUUUCUUUUGCAUUGUUUUAUAGACUAUAUAUACGAGAAGUUCAGACAGCGACAGAAAUCCCUAGGUAUCGACCCCACAAUCAACGUCCCAGAUCCGGGGGAUGACUAUUUGGGUGGAAAACAUCGGCCUUACGCUAACAUGUCCUUCUUCACAAACUACACGAACGCGGACGGAUACUCAGACUACUGGACUGAGGAAGUUUAUGAAUACGAGGACAGUCCUAGUACAUGUUACACGGACUGCGGAUCUCCCAAUCUCGUGUGUAUCAAGGGGUUUUGUUAUCCAAAAACUGGAAAAGGGAUGCCUGUCCCAAGAAAGUUAACGGAAGAGGAAUCGGAAUAUUUCAGAGGUAACAAAUCUAACGUUGAUAAUGUCAAUGAAACUGUAGAUGAGACCAAUAAUUCUACUCCGAACAAACGAAGAAAACGCAGUGCACAAAUUGAGUACGACACUGAAAUUUGUAGCGGGUCUCACUGUCCCGGGUCGGACGCUCCAAUACAAAACAUCUUUAGCAUCGACGGCGGACAAAGUGAUAUAGACGAAUGGGUGUUCAUCGCUGUAAAAGUUACGUUUUUUAGACCAAUGAAUCUACAUUUCAACACUUUCCAAUACCAUAACGACUCAAUAGACGACACGCAUGAUGUAUUUGAUUCUUUUUAUUCGAAGAAUUUACAAGCAUCUAUGCACGUUGGUCACCAAGGAACAUACCAUGACUUAUGUCGCGUAAACAGUGGAGGGGUAGGCAGGGUGUUCGUCCGGUCGGACGGACUUAAUUAUAAUGGCGAUUCCAUGGAAUACGCACUUGUGGACGAGCGACAUCCGGUCUCUACGGGAACAGCAUACGUGCCUGUUAAGAGCCCGGUUUAUUCUCCAACUGAAGUGUCGCUCAUUGCUUAUGAUGAUUGUGGCAGGUCAUGUCUUCCAACAUGUCUCGUUAAGGGUUCCAAUCCACCAAAAUAUAUUCCGUGUAGUGGAUGUGUACGAAUCGAUAACUCACCCCCGUACUGUCACGGAAAGACCGUGGCUGAUCUCAUCUACAGCAUGUGGCACUUCGGACGAGGAACCCAGACUGAUAAUGGAGAAUGUCCGUCAGUGAAAGACUCAGCCAUAUUUGUCAACUUCCUCUGUGAUUCGUCAGACGUAUACCCCUGGGACCGCUUUAAAGAGUAAUAAACACAAUUCAAUAUAGGAUUCUAAACAAAAAUCAGCUUUAUAUCACAAAAAAGCUUGUUCCAUGUUCACAUAAAACAUUUUAUGAAGAAAAAAAUGUUAUUAAAUU